AUGUGCACCAGACCAGAACAGCAAGCAAUGGGCGAGUACGCCGUGAUCGAGGUGCUCGAGGAGUUGUACCACGCCUCCAUGGCGUCUCAUGCCGCCUACGCUGUGAUGAAGGACACGCGUUACGCGGCUAAGUCUACGCGGCACUCGAGCGUGCCGUACAUGGCGGCCCUCGGUUUGCACUUCAUUUUCUUGGGGCGGCACCUGCUGUGUCACGUGAUGCCGCGCAAGCUGCUGUACCUAGUGGACAUGCUGCUGCACGUGUUCCUCCUGCUCUCGGACGCGAUGCUCUUAGUGGCCCUGCUACGCUGCUCGCCCGAGUCACUCCAGUUGGCGACGGGUCGGAUGCUGUGGGGUGGCAGCUGUCACGUGGGUUCCAUGAUCGUGGCCGUCGUGAGCAUCGUCUACCAAGCGGCCGCCCUCAUUAUCUACUACAACCGGUUGGGAGUUGCGAACGCCGACGAGCGACCCGGCUACACGUUUGCUUGCCUCUUCUGGCUCUGCGAGGCCCUGCGAUAUUCGUUCCAGCGGCUCAACAGCCCUCCCAAAAUGGCGCCUCUCCGUGAGGAGUUCGAGGUGGAGCACACUCUACGGACCGAAGAGGUAUGCAGUGCUUCGUUCGAGCUCAGGUACCGCCCCACUGCCACCGGCUUUUGUACGCGGUGCACGGCGCGGGCCAGCGCUUCGGCGACGCUGCGUGAAGACAACCGCGACUACUGA